AUGGCUUCGUCAGAAACAGGGUCAGGCUACUCGGUGACGCCUACCCAGCCUAGAGGGUUUACAGUCCGACAUGGCUCGCGGAAGAGUGAGGAUUACACGGGCUUGCAACGACCUUCGAUGAAAGACGGCCGGUCACUGUCUAGUGGGAGCGCUCAGUAUGGGCAACACGCGUUCCCUCACCACCAGACCGUGGCUGGUCCUCCCGGCAGCUUCAAUCCGGAAUUGAAGGGCGUCAUACACUCGGGAAGGACGACACCUCAGACCGAGCUGCCCGGGAUGAAUACCUCACGGCUCCAGCAGCCAUAUAAGGAUGUGGAUGCGCUCACCACCUCGGAACAACGCCAGGCGAAAGUGCGGGACAAGAUAGCCAAAGAGAUGAAAAUAAAGUUGGGGACGGAAAACAUGCUCGAAGCGCUUCUAAGCAAGCACCCUAAGCAGACGAAGGACCAACGACAGAGGGUAGAGCUGGAACUGGGUUCCUCGAACAGGAAGCUGGCACAAUUAAAGCAGGAGCUGGACCAAGAAAUCUUACGGUCCCAAUCACCUAGCACACCGCCCAAUGUGAGUCUCUCCAGCUACUUUCGAGGUAGUCCGCACAAGACUCCUCCACGAACCAGUCAGGAGAACAAUGUGUCCGAGUCUGUCGAUAGCGAGUCGCCGACUGUGGUCUUGACCGAGACCCUGCAACAACUCGAAGCAAGCGGGAUGCCUCCGGACUACUAUAUCGAGCGAGCUAAUACUCUGGUCGACCUCCUGAAGCGUCAUACUACCCUGAAAUACGACCUUGCCUGGUCUGUCUUCAGCCUCCGCGUCCAAAUGAUGCUGCUUAGUGACAGUUCUGAUGUUAUCGCAGCGGGCUACAGAUUGACCCGACAUGCCAUCGCAGACCGGAAAUCUUUGCAGACUAUUCGAGCCUUACACACUGAUGAGCUCGUGAUCUUAUCCUUGGUAAAAAAGGCCAAUGCUACUUUGGAACGCGAACAGGCGAUCAAGUUCGUCCGGGCUUUUUUGAAUGUCAAGGAUGGUGUUUAUGAAUUAUCCUUGGCUGUUGUCCGAAGCUUGGUUGCCGUUGCAGAAGCUCACGAAGACAGCCUCAGAGAUGUCUGCUUGCUGACUCUGGCGGAGCUGUUGAUGAAGCACACGGAGCUUGUCGUGUCCGCAAAUGGCAUGGGCACCCUCACUGAUGCACUAGCUGAUGGAUCGUUUCCUGCACCCGAGAGUCUCGUUACCAGUUUCCUCUAUAUUCUAGAUCAUCCCCGACAGCGGCGAUAUUUGCACACUGGCCGGGAGUUCGAGGCAAUGUUUGCACCCUUCACUGAUCCACUACUGCUGAGUGGUAAUGAGGAAAAGUUGAAGACUUGCGCUCAGGCAAUUGCAGCCAUGCUUAAGACCUGGCCUGGUUUUCUGCUCUUGUCGAUGAACAGUGCACUGCCGCUCCGGUCGCUAAUUGAAUCUCUGGUGUAUCCCAUCACACAAUCCCGAGACACGCUACUGGAGCUGUUCUUUGAUAUUCUCCGCAUCAAGCCGCCGGCAUGGUCCGGUUCCUAUCUCGCCGGCAGAAGGCUUACGACCUACGGAAGAGCCAGGGCUUUAUCAGUCGAACCACCUUCUCAAGAGCAACUGGCAGGCUACAAUGCGGCAGACAGGUUCGACUUGACGCAACAUUUUUCCGCAUUUGUUUUGGCAGCUCUGAUCAAAGCUGGAUUGGUCCCAGCACUCGUGGAUCUUAUCCAGGAUGAAGAAGAUAUAAUGCUCAAAAGAAAAGCAGCGCUCCUCCUCACUGAAGUCUUGAAACUCGCGCAUUUUGCGUUGCCGCAGGCAAUCAGUUCCGGAAUUCAAGUUCUGGGCGAUCUGGUCCCAAGCCUUCGAGACUAUGGGUCCGAAACAUCAGCUUCCAACAUCAGUCUGAUCUACCAGAUUGAGAGCAUCAACCGGACGCUCCAGCGAACCUCGGCUUCGACAGAUGCACGGAAUGCUCCGGUUGAUGAGCUAGCCGUCGGGCCACAAGCCCUCGAGCGGUCCAGAUACACAGCCAUGAUGGAUUCGGAUCAGUUUCGACAGGCAAUGGCCGACAGUCAGGUCACAAGCCAUUCCAAAUAUGUCAAGUGGAAAUGGGACCUCAUUCAUGGAUUGGUGGAAGGACCUUUGACAAAUCCCAAGAGGCUCGAAGAAGCCAUAAAAUCCCCCAAGUUCCUGAAACGACUUGUUGGGUUCUUUCGUCCCUUCAAAUAUCGGUUCUCGAUGAUCCGUAAUACAAGACCCAACCAGCGUUACGUGCGCACCGGCUGUGCCUUGAUGCGCGCUCUCACCCAGACCUCACUGGGCACUCAAUAUCUUGCCGAGAAUAAGCUUCUACGGCAGAUUGCAGAAUGCCUGGCACAGGUCGAUCCGCACAGCGGAAUCACCUCUGCUAGCCCUCUUUUCGACCGUCACCACAUGGCCGAGACUCUGAGCGGAGGAUACUUUGCGAUGCUCGGAGCGUUGAGUCCUAGCAUGGAAGGCAUCCGGUUGAUGGAGCAGUGGCACAUGAUGGACAUUAUCUACCACCUCGUAGAGUUGAAGGAUCGUGAUGAUUUGAUCCGGGCGCUCCUAGGGAACAUGGACUACACGUUGGACACGCAUCUCCGAGUCAUCCUCUCCAAAGCGCUGACUUCGGGAGUGAAGGACAUCCGCCUAUUUUCAACAAGACUCCUGAGACGCUAUGCAGUGGGCCGGGUUCAAUAUUCAUCCGGACUGCAAGACCCAACAAGCUCUCACUGGGCUUUGAGACUGGUUUUAACACAGCUUUAUGAUCCCGAUGUGGAGGUUUGCGAGGUGGCUAUCAAGAUACUCGAAGAAGCCUGCAACCAGCGCAGUCAUCUGGAGUAUGUGGUGAAAUGCAGGCCGUCUCUGGACCACCUUGGGGAGAUUGGAGCACCGCUUCUCCUUCGAUUCUUAUCGACGUCGGUGGGCUACCGAUACCUCAGUGGACUGGACUAUAUCACACAGGAAAUGGAUGACUGGUUCCUUGGACGCAACGACGCAUACGUCGCCUUGGUUGAGGCCUCCACACUUCGAGCCUACAUGGACGGAACGAUGAACAGGGCACACUUGAACAAUGAUGACCCAGCAGCAGAGCUCCAUGAGAUUGGGAUAGCACCUCCGCACUUCUAUCGCGAACUCGCCCGCACGCAGGAAGGAUGCAAACUACUCCGACAGUCCGGACAUUUCUACGAAUUCUCCUCCACCAUCCGGGAUUUUCGUCUAGAUGAAGAAGAUGCUGAAUCAUUGAUCAAGGUCAAAGGGUGUCUGUGGGCGGUGGGAAACAUCGGUUCCAUGGAUCUCGGUGCCUGUUUCUUGGAAGAAGCCGAUGUGGUCCGAGCAAUCGUGCGGAUUGCUCAGGGUGCCGAAGUUAUGUCGAUGCGAGGCACCGCCUGCUUUGUACUUGGUAUGAUUUCAAGGACUAUACAUGGGUAUGAAAUGCUCGCCGAAAACGGAUGGGACACCGCGGUAGACCCUCGAGGACGAUCCUUGGGUCUCUGUUUGCCUCUCAAUCUCGAUGUGUUGUGCUUGAAAUCGGUAGGCUCAUCAACGGUGCCCCAAUCUCCAACGGCGGAAGAGGAGGCCCGUUACAAGGCUGCGAUCACCGAUGAAAACCCUAUUCGAGCAAAGAUAUUGAAGCACAUUGUCGAGAUGGGCAAUUCGGUCAUGUACAAGAAGGCGGCGGCGGAUCUUCAUUCGCUCAAGGUCAAAGCACCCAGCCAUUUUGCAGAUACCCAACUGUUUCGGAAGACUCUGGUCAUCCUCGAAAGCCACCACUACCGGCUGCAGGCGCGGCAUUACAUUCUGAAUCUAUUCAGUAAAGGCAUGAUGCGACAGAUCAUUCUCGACGAGGAACUGGGAGAGGAGACCGAGUCGGACACUGGUUAG